AUGGUCGAGGAAUGCAACUCCCAAGCUUUGGCUAGCACAGCGUGGGCACUGGCGGUGUUGCAGGUCUCAAACGAGCCGAUCAUGGAAGCGAUAGGGCGAAAUGUCUCGACGGAUGUGAAGCCCCGAGAUCUAGCCAGUUUGGUGUGGUCAUUCGCCUCUUUGUCUGUGCAGCAUCCGUCACUACGAAAGACCUUGCACGAGUUUGGCAUCGGCAGGUCGGCACAAUUGAGUGCUAUCGAUCUGGCGAGCAUUGCUUGGUCCCUGGCGCUUCUGCAGUGGCAUGGUGACCAGAUGAUGGAGGAGAUCGCAUUGGCUGCUGGCCAGCAAGUUUCACGACUUCCAGUGCAGGCGCUAUCCAACCUGGCCUGGUCUUUUGCCACAUCCUAG